AUGGCUUCGACGAUCCAUGCCGAUAUGGUUCACGGCCUCAUCGAACUGGGAGAUUUGGACGGAUUGCAAAAGUACACCCCGCCCAGAUUUGACUGGUCUCAGCCUUUGGGUCCCAGUUACAUGAGAAUGCCGGCACUUCUUUGCACGAUUAAUGACGGUCUUAGCGAGACGAAAGCUAAACAAGCUAAGUGCCUCAAGAUCUUGGAGUGGUUGCUGAAGGUUGGGGCUGAUCCAGAGCAGAGAGCUCUCGGUAAAAUUUGCGGUGACACACUGUUUAUAAAGGACGAGGAGGAAAGCACAGGUAUCCGCAUUGAGUAUACUGGACAGAAUGCAAUGUCGUUUGCUGUUGCGUGGCUGAAACAGAUGCAACUGCGCAAAGGCGGUGCGGACUGGUCUCAAAACGAGGAGUAUCUGAAAAAGGUGAUCUGGCUGCUGUCGUCCUCGACCGCUGCCAAGAGUCAUGCUGCAGAUGUUACCGUGCCCCAAAGUACUCUCAGUCUGUGGGAGUCCAUGCGUGACUUGACCUCCUCGCACAACGUGAUCUUCGAAGGUUCGGACGGGGAGGUGACGGCGCACGACCAGAUCCUCAUGUUGGCCUCGCCCGUCUUGAAGGCGAUGCUCCAGUCUGCAAUGAAGGAGGGCAGCAGCAGGCGCAUUCAAGACUUGGCGCAUCGCUGGAACGUCCAGGGUGUCGUGGAGACUCUGUGCGUUGCACUUCGUGACCUGAUCGAUGCCAACAGCUUCGUUGCUAUCGCAGAGGCUGCAGCCCUCAAGGGACUACAGACCCUAGAGAGGGCAUGUGCCUCUUUCGGCGCCGCAGACAAGAAAGUUCAGGACAUGCUCAAGAAAGGCAGUCUCCCUGCAGCUGUACGGAAGCUGCUUGGAGAGCCCGAUGAAACUGUUGAUCCUGAGCGACUGCCGAAGAAAAGGCGGCUGUUCCGCUCCUCAUAA